ACUGAAAGUCGGCGAUUUUGAAAGUGAAACCGUGAGCGUGACGGCAGCGAGCCCCGCGGUGGUGGCAGGAGAUCACUCCCUGACGAUGGUCUUACCGGAUGUGGACUUCCACGGAGAACAUGUUGUAGAGCCGCGCCGAGCUGGCAGAUGGAUCCAGGUCGGUUCUCCACUUCUGUCUGCGUCCUGAUGGUGUGUCUUCUCGGGACGACGCGGCUCUCCAGCGUCGGCCAGUGCGCAUGUCCAGAAAUUCCCAGAAGAAGUCUUACUUUGCCACCAGAAGGAAAAAACUGCUUCAACGUUAGCGACAAAUAUCGCUACACGUGCAUUCCCGGUUACGUGAGGAAGGCCGGAACGUCGAAUCUCAUCAAGUGCAACAAUCAUUCGCAGUGGACCACUACCAAAUUUCCACUGGAGUGUAUACCUCAUCCAGACUCAACUCCAACGCCGCCACACAUUCCAGAUGAUUCAAGCAUCACGACUGCGGCAACAAACCGGCCAGGAACUUCCACCAGCCAUCCGACUGGAAGAAGCUCUACUACUGAAACUACAAGCUCAGCUAAUAUGGAGGAGCAAAGUACAUCAGAAACUAAAAGCACAACCACAGUGGUUUCCUAUAAAACUCGGAGCUCCACAUACUCACCAAGUAACCAUAGCAACGGAAACAGCUCUAUGAAAGAAACCCACACAGAAACUUUCACAGCAGCAGACACCAGAACAAUUGCUGCCACUUUAUCUGUGGUGAUCCUAUUGGUUUCCAUGAGUGGCAUCAUCUUCGUACUAUAUCGAAGGAGAAAAAGGCCGAUUCCCCCUCAGGAAACAGAGGAGAUGCAGCCAAUGAACAACCCCUCUUGAGCCGUGAUGUAGACUUUGUAGGAAAAAAGAGGAAGGAAGAACGAGCAGCCUGUAUUUAAAAAUGAACGUAGCCACUGUGAUAUCGCCCUCACGCUUGUGAAAUGCUGUUUUGAAGCCUGGAAUCUGCCAUCUUGUCUACUUUAUUUAAACAAACAGGACAAAUUGUCUGUAAAUAUGUUAUCUUCAGCUAAGAGUUAUUCAACAUAUUCUGAUGGAUGUUAAAUCUCUAAAAGCAAUAGAGGAGACUGGGGUAAUUUGAGCCAAAGGGUAAGUUGAAUUAUCAGUUGUUUCUAGGAAACUGUAAAAAAAAAAAAACAUUGAUCAUGUGACCAAAUAGGAGGAAUUCAUCAUUUAAUGAAGUUUAUGACUUUCCCUCAAGGGGAAAGUGAUUGCAUCUUUAUUUCCCUUUACCUAGCAACGUUAAAAUGACUCGAAUCACCCCAGAGUGGAGCCGCAGCGCCGUAAUGAGCGGGAACAAAAACCGUUUCUCCCACCUGAAAGCGAAUUUAGUCUAUCAUAAGUUUCAUAAAAAAAUGUGUUUAUACUAAAACAAAUAUUUGUAAUUUUGUUUUAUACAUCAGUUGAGCAACAAUACAAGGUCAUAAAUCAAAGAUAAUUUCAGUCCAAGUUCAAGUGCCAGCUUUUGAACUUGCUUGUUGCUUGUUGAGAUGCUACAACCCAACCACAAAUUUGAAACAAGGAUUCAAAAUGCCUUUUUUUUUUUGCUCCAAAGUUUAAUGUUCAGUCCCCAAGCACACAUGAAAGCAUGCUGUCUUCUUUUUUUAAAUCUUUUUUUCUUUUCUUCUUUUUUUUUUUACUAAACAGCACGUUAUCUGUUGUAUCUGUUGAAUUGUGCACAACAACUAUGGCUUUACUUACCCCGCACCAAUGCUUGUUUUACCGCUUUACCUCACAUACGGGGUAAGUUGAGCCAUGAGAACUUCAAAAAAAAAAAAAAAAAUUCAACAAUAUCUAAAUAGUUUACACUUGUUUCGAUUUUUUGAAAAGAUGGAUAACAUCCUUAAAUAUAUGUAAAUAUAUAGGUUAAAGCUAAUAUAUCUGCCCUGAUGUAUUAGCUAAACAUGAAAAAUGUCUCUUCUUCCCCCAGUCUCUCCAAAAUACUCAAAUCAAAACCAUAACUACCGAUUAGAACGGUAUUAUCUUCUUAUAGGAAAAUAUUUUAAGUUUGAUUGUUUGUGUGUGUGUGACAAAUAGUAGACAGUUUUAUGCAAUGCUCAAACUUAGGAUCUCGAACUGUAUGAUAUUAGUGAUAUAAAAGAAACUUUGAUGCUGCUAAGCCGUCCGGCCAGCCAGAGACAGCCCAAGAUCAUAUGGGGCCCUGAGCAGAAUUUGAUUUGGGCCCCCUCUAAUAAAUAAAUUUCAUGGAUUUUUUUUGUUUUUAGUUUUUUUUUAUGAAGGGAACAAAAUAAUUUUCUCAGCUCUCAAGUUUUUCACGUCAUAUUUAUUGCAUUGAAAAAAGGUAGAGUGUGCAUGAAAUGUAACUCCUGCAUAAAAGCAGCAGUUGCGAGCUUCCCCACAGCAUGAUGCCUCCACUGCCUUGUUUCACCACAAUUUUAGAAAAAUAAACUUCUGUUUUAGUCUGGUUUUGUUAUUAAUGUGCGCUAAACACGUAAGUUCAAGUGUGCAUGGAGAAAGAUGAACGCAAACAACAUGAUUGAAUUUUUUAUUUAUUUUUUUAAAAUCACUGGCCCUUUAAAUCGUCUGUGCCAAAUUCAAUUCCCAAAGUGAAAUGAAAUGUUCUCGAUACUCAUAUCAUCCAAGUAUCUUCAGAGAGUCAUAGUGGAUGGUGAUGCAGAGGGUAAGGAAGGGUCUCCAAUAGCAGUCAGUCCUGCAGUGACUCUGAACAGGCCUCUGACUGAAGACUGUUGCUGUGUGACAAAAUUGUGUUUUUGUUGAACAAAUACCUAUUCAAGAGUUGGAAUAGACAUUUUUGCUAUAUUGAGGCCUCAAGGUUUCAGUGUAAAUGUUCUGACAUUGGUUAUGUAAAAGUAAAGUGGGUUUUCUAACAACUAUGAAUUUAGCAACCAGAUUAUUAUAAUUUCCUCUGUGUGAUUACAACUGGUACGGAUUUAUUUAGAAAAAUUUAAUUUUUUGAAAAAACGUAACACUGAUAUUCUUGGGGGCCCUCUGCUGGCCUGGAGGUCCAAGCAGCAGCUCAGCCCCCUUGUGCCUUCGGCCGCCUCUAUGACCAGCACACGAUGCUCAGUCGAUGUAUAUUUUAUAAUGUUUAAAGUCUUUUUUGAUUUCUCUAUUUUUAUUCUUUGCAAUCAAAUCACUAAUAUCAAUGGCGUGCUUUAGUAGACAUGCACUGUUUCACUCUGUAGCCUUAAUCUUAUAUGAUGCCUCAAAACUACUGUGUUGUAAUGUAUCAGUGGAAUGCACUCUUUAGAACACUUCCAUUUUUGUGACCCUGUACAUACGCUUAUCUAUUGCUUGACCUAAACAUUCAUGAAAUGUCAGGAAUCAUUUUGAUAUGUUUGUUGUUUAUACUUUUUAGACUGUCAUGUAUUUGUGAAAUUAACUGACCCACGUAUUCAGAAUGAGAUGGAUUUAAUAAACAACAAAAUAUUUA